GGGAGCUGGAGGGCGAGCGAGGGAGUGUACGAGAGAAGGAUAGGGUCCCAGUACAACCUCCACAUACACACACACACACACACACACUCACACAUGUACAUGUCGGCUGCCCUGUUGUACUUUGUGGAAUAGUGGAUUACUUUCCUAAUUGAUUCCAUCGUGGAACAAAUUCAAGCAUAACAGGUGGCAGCGUGUCGGAGCGGUGUUGAACUGUGAAAUGAACCAUGGAGGGGUCCAAGAGGGCAGUCACUAGCCGAGCCAACACCACCACCAGGAGAAGCAGGAGGCCCCGCAGCAUGCAGCUGGGCCCUCACUAGCACCAAGUGGACCCUCCUCUUCACCUGGGGCCAGGGCAGCAGAAUGCUCAGUCCUGUCACUCCAUACAGUCUGUUGAAGAUGCACUGGUCCCCGGAGCACGCCGCCCCCUUAUCUCAGUGGCCUGAGCAGCACCUAGAUGUCACCUCUACCACCUCACCGCCGUCUGCCCACAAACACGACCCCUACGGCGCGGCUGGUCGCCGUGGCUACGGCCCUGGAGGUUACCCCUGGGCCAGUGAUGACAUAUCGGCCCUUACUGCUUCUUCUCUGCUCAAACGCUACGCUGAGAAGUACUCAGGCUUGGAGCUGGCCUACGAUCGCCCUCCUUCAGGGGCCUACCCUGAGCCUGGGACUUUCCUGAAAACUGAAUCUGAGCCAUGGGUUCUAGGUCAGGGCAUGGAGUGUUACCCUGGACUGGAGGCAUUAACUGGCAAGGUGGGCAUCCCAACCACAGGAAGUGUGACAGUAGUGAGCAGUAACUUGACCUCUGAGCCAGGCUUCGGUGGUGCUGGCUCCUGCGGGGCCCCGUCCUCUCAGGAUUACCCUCCUGCCUACAACAGCACCUACCUGUCCUCAGGUUACUGCCCUCAGCCCGGCGCAGCACUUCCCCCUGCCCCUCUACACUCUCUGCAGGCCGCACCCACUCUAGUGCCUAGCUACAGUGCCAGUACUCCUGUCUACAACUACCCCCCAGGGUGCUACCCCCAGCCCGGCCUGUCCUCUGGAUACAGCCACCCCAGUGCCUCCUACCUGCCCCCUGGAAUCAGUGCCCCUACUCCACUGGCCCCGAGGCCCACCAUGGUUGGGGGCGGUUACAGCUACCAAACUCACAGCCUUGGAGGGAGCUCCGAGGGAGGGGUGCCGCUGAAACGCAAGGCCUUCGAGAUGGCAGAGGAAGGACAGGAGGGAGCGGAAGUGGAGGGAUCCCGCUACAGAAAGUACGGAAACGGUCAUAGCAAAAGUCACGGCAAUGGGCAUGGCAACGGGCACGGCAACGGCUACGAUUUGAGCGUCUCUGCCUCAGACCCACAGGCCUACAAACCAGGAAAGCCCAUGAUGUCCCCCUCCUAUGGCGGGGCAGGGGACUACAGCCCCCCGUCAGGCCUGGCAGGAGAGAGUGCUUCAGCGGAGCACAGCUUUCCUCAGCAACAGGGAAUGUCUAUGAAGAUCCCCGCAUCGCACACACGAUCUGAGGACCCCGCUGCUGGGCGCUGACAACAGAGAGGAUCUCUGUUUGAAACCAACCAGGCUUCUUAAUCUAGGGAACAACAUUGGAUCUGUCAAUGAAAGGUUUAAUUUCACUAGUGUACACAAGACUGGUAUUUCUUGUGCAUCUUUAAUAUUUUCAUUAUUCCUGUUUUUCCAAAGAUUCGCAGAGGCAUUUUGCCCUGUAAGGUUGAGGUAAGUCUUGGGGGUGAGGUUAAGGCAUUCUCUACAUAGAUAGCUUUAAGACAGUCUAAAGGUGUGAGUGUCUGUUUCUCUCAGGAUCCUAUUUAUUUCCUUUUCUGCUACUGCUGCAGCUUCACUGAACACAGCUGUUUUAGAAGUUGUUGUAAUUAUUUGUGGCCAUUAUGUAUGCAAAAGGCCUUUGACUGCAAUACUUUUAACCACACCACAAAAAAUCAUUACUGACCAAAAAGUAAGGAGAGCAAUAACUGAGAUGGUGAGAUUGCCAUACUACUUCAGCACAAUCACUGCUACUUUACACAGCUGACCCUGAGGCUCGGUGUGUCGCCCUGCCUCGAAAAAUGAAUGUUUCCCCGCUCAUCCCUCGCUUUCUCGCCACCUUUACUCACUCUAAACUUUCAGUUUUUUUUUUUUCGUUCUUUAUCUUAUCCUAUCCAGGUGUCCUGCUUCUUUUUUGGCAAAAACUUAUUUUUUUUCUUGACUGUCCAGUUAAUACUUAACAAGCUGCUUAUCAAAUGAUUACAUAUAGAGUACAUGAAACCGACCUUUAAAAUUGUUAUGAUGUAAAAAGUGGGGAAAUAAUCUAAAAUGUAAUGUUCAUUUAAAAAUGUAUUUAGCUUUCACAAACAGCAUACCUGUAGAUGCAGAUUUCUCCUCAUCUUGGAAUGAACAGCUUUAUUUCUAAGGAAUCUGCAGAUAAAAAUGCAGCUUACACAUUUACUAUUAAAAUGAUUGCAAGCAAUAGUGAUUGUACAAACCUACAAAACAACAACAACAAUGCUUAAGUCUGCAUACUAUAAAACUUCACUCAGAGAAAACAGUUUAACGGCCUGUUUGUUACUUCUGUUUGGAUGCACAGCCCGGACUGAGAGUCUCAGCGGAGGAUACGUGCUUUUGAGUGCCUCGACUUUUUUUGCUCAGUAUUACAUUCUUAAUGAAGAUCCACCCGCUUGUUUGCUAUACGAUUUACUUUUCUCUCUUUUUUUUUAAAUAUGCAUUCUCUUUACUUUUGCCUCUCAAAAGGAUGAUUAUAGUAGUGGGACGGAAGAAGA